UCUUUGAGGCAUGAAACAAGAACUUUCCAGACUUAUAAAAGGUUCCCCUGGCCCCUUUGCUCUCCCCCUCCAUCUUCUGAAGAAGCACACGCAGUCCACAGGAGGAGAAGAGAUCCACUGAGCUGAAGCAAUGGGGCGUGGGAAAGUGGAGCUCAAGAAGAUCGAGAACACGACGAGCAGGCAGGUCACCUUCUCCAAGAGGCGGAUGGGGCUGCUCAAGAAGGCAAACGAGCUGGCCAUUCUUUGUGAUGCGCAGGUUGGGGUGAUCGUAUUCUCCGGCAGUGGCAAGAUGUACGAGUACGCCAGCCCUCCAUGGAGGAUUGCAAACAUCUUUGACAGGUACCUGAAAGCCCCCAGCACCCGCUUUGAUGAGAUGGACGUCCAGCAGAAAAUCAUCCAUGAGAUGACAAGGAUGAAGGACGAGAGCAACAGGCUGAAGAUCAUCAUGAGGCAGUACAUGGGCGAGGACCUGGGCUCGCUGACCCUGCAAGACGUGAGCAAUCUUGAGCAGCAGAUCGAGUUCUCCCUCUACAAAGUUCGCCUUAGGAAGCAACAGCUACUUGACCAGCAGCUGCUGGAGAUGCGCCAGAGGGAGAUGCACAUGUCAGAGGACCAGAGCAGCAGCUACAUGUUCCACAUGAAUCCGGCGAGGGAUCAGCCGGGCCAGCCGGCCGACGUGAUGAACCCGAAGCUGUUCCCUCUGUGGGACGUGGGCGACCAGAUCUACGGCCAGGACGCCGAGUCCUCCAUGACGGCUCUCAAGCUCUCGCCGCAGCUGCAGGAGUACAAGCUCCAGCCGGUGCAGCCCAACCUGCAGGAGGGCAACCUCCAUGGCUACGUCCUCCGCCUCUGAUUUCGGGGCAUGCGCGAUGGACCUGACAGACGCUACUGAUGGAGGAUGAUGAGCAGAGCUUCCCAGUCUGAAUCUGCUCUGGAACGGCGUUCUAACCAGCUUAUUACAUUAUCUUACUGCAUUAUGUGGGGUAUUAACUGCUAUUGCGUUUGCUAGAUUACGUUUCAUGAUGCUUGUAAAUGAGGAGUGUGCCACCUGAUUUGUGUGCCUUGAGGAACUACUACCUCUGUUUCUGUCAAGAAGAUGUGUUGUGACCCGGAGUGGUUAUGCCCUGCAUUGCUGUUCCCAAAGAAAUCUGUGGCAAGUAGUACCCUAUAUUAUGAUGUCUGUUUGCUUUUGUGAUGCACA